AUGAUUUUCCACUUGUCUCUAGGCCAGCACAACAAUGUUGUCGGCGCGCCGGCAGAUUGGAAUGAUAACUUCCUGCUCCAGAACAAGGAUGUGACGCUGGCAAGCUUAGGUGACGCCUCGCCAGACCUCAUUUUCCCGCUCCCAACAGACUACGUACCACUUCGCUUUGCCGAGGUUAAGAAUCUUAUCAACUAUCCCGCUUUAGCUAAAUUCAUCAAGGAAGGUAACCGAAGUGAGAGGUCGAUCCACGACAUUCCAGAACAUAACUUCGACGCUGUCGUCUUCCCCGCUGCUAGUAAUGCGGGUAAAGCAGAUCUGGAACAGGAUUCUACGUCCGCGGAACAUGCUUUACUAAAUGGUGUACGAUACAGCAACGGCAACAGAGCUUUACGACACCUCGGCGUCCCUACUGUUAGUAUGCCGAUAGGAAUUCUCGAAAGUAAGGAUAUUCCUGUUAAUCUGACCUUAUACUUAAGAGCAGGUGCUGAUGCUGAAUUGUUAAGCUUCGUAUAUGCUUAUGAGCAGGGCAGUACACGACGUUAA